AUGGAAGGAUAUAACGCAAAGUACCCCGCGGUUCUAUUGGCUAGUUUUGCCGCAUUUGGUAUUUUUGGCAACUUGAAUAUCAUUGCGGCAACUGUACGAAGACGGUAAGGCAGGUACAGCAGGAAAUUUCAUAAAUUUAAGCAUUUGCUUUCCAUUUUUUAACUGUGCUGACAAUGAAUUUCAGUUCACUCCGAACAACCUGCAACCAACUAAUUACUAUCGCCGCGUUUUUCGACUUGAUCCAUGUGUUCAGUCAGCAUAUCAUGACUUACUUUGUAAUCUCUGGCAACUAUCCGACGCUGGAGGGUUGCUUUUACAUCCAGCAAAUCCCGAUGAUCGGUUGUAAUGCCGGUGAAAUUUUAAUGUUUCUCACGAGUCUAGACCGACUUUAUUGUGUCGCAAAACCGGUUGCGUAAGUCUAUAAGUCAAUACCAGAUGGGAACUACAACGUAGUGGUAAAAACAACCCAGUUCUGUCUGCUCUACGACUACAACUUUUGGUUAACUAUAGAGUCCGAUUUCAGUUACCAACGGCUCUCCGCCACCGUCGAACUAACCGUCUGUCUCAUUGCCGCCCUUAUUUUUGCCGGCUGGCUAGAUUAUGAAGCCUACCUUAGCCUGCAACCCAUCAAAGAGAAGCUGACUCUUUGCAGCGUUGCUUCGAGCUUCAUCGGCUCGGCUUUAGACGCGUUUACGGCUGCAAAUGGUAUCCUAAAUCUCGUUACUGUGCUGAAUUACGCUGGUAUUUGGAUAAUCGUCAAAAGGAUUACAAAAAAGCAAGCGUCUAGCAUGUUGCGAUCUAUUGCUGCAGUAACAUGUUGCGUCGUCGGCGGUUGGCUAGUGACAUUCUCGAGCUUUGCUGUUUGCGUCGCAAGUGGAACGAAAAUCACGGACGAACUCAUAUUGUACCUUGGACUGCCGCUCAACUUGUCGGUCUCGUUGAACUAUCCGAUAUAUUUUGCGAUGAGGUAAGUAGGGAGAGGCCAAAAAUAAUUCUUCCAUCGUCUUCGCAAGGGUCGACAACGUUGUAGGCCGCGGAAUUAUUGCUUUUCAAGGUAGGAUACGACAGUUGUAGCCAAUUACUUCAAAAACAGUAAAUUGUAAAAAAUGGUACCUUGUUGAAAGUCUUAGGAAGAAAUAUUGUUUUUAAUCAACAUAACUUCAAACGUUUUAGUAGUCAGUAUCGCCUCGCGUUCAAGCAACAGCUCAACAUUCUUAGUGCAAACACAGUAUGCAAAGACAUCAGCCCCAUCUUCUCAAAGGUUGUUAGCACUACUGCGAUAAAGACAAGAACAACUGAAGUCGCGACUAAACAAUCUUUUGCUUAA